AUGCCAGCAGCUUCAACAUCCACGUCGAAGAAGAUGGCUUCGUUGAAGUCGCUUCUUUCGAAACUGAAGGGUCUGCACGCUUCCUUCAACAACAUCGCGGAGUUUGUGUCAGAGUAUCGCGAGGACACAAGUGCGAGCCAGGUGUCGGUUCGUUUGGAACGAUUGGCAGAAAUAUGGGACAAAGUGAGCGACGUGGUUUGUGAGGUGGAAGCUCACGAGGAAUUUUCCUCGGAGGGAGAUGCUUUUGCGAAGGAACGAAUUGAUUUCGAAAAUCGUUAUUUCGAUAUUAAAUCGUUCUUAAUGGAUAAGGCACGGGAUUUGCAGGACCCUCCGGUUUUGGACCAAUCAACGAGGCAAGCCGAUACCUCCAUACAAGGAUCAUUGGACCAUGUUCGACUACCGCAAAUUAAAUUGCAAACGUUUGGUGGUGACAUCGAUGAAUGGCUUAGCUUCAGGGAUCUCUUCACGUCAUUAAUUCACUGGAAAACGGAACUUCCAGAAGUGGAAAAAUUCCACUAUCUGAAGGGAUGCCUUGAAGGCGAGGCAAAGGCUCUGAUCGAUCCAAUUAAGAUCACGAGGGGAAAUUAUGUGAUUGCUUGGGAAAUGCUACUCAAGCGAUACAAUAAUAGCAAAUUGCUGAAGAAACGUCAGGUCGAAUCGCUGUUUAAACUUCCUACAGUUUCAAAGGAAUCGGCUGUCGAGUUACACAAUCUUUUGGAUGGAUUUGAAAGGAUCAUACACACUCUGGAUCAAAUAGUACAACCUGUGGAUUAUAAGGACCUACUACUAAUAAAUGUGCUGUGCUCACGAAUACUGGAAUCUCUUCCAACGAAAUCUACGGAGCAUAAACGAGAGUCAUCAUCGAUUAAAAGGAAGCAACCACCAUUUCGAGUUAGCCAUAAUGCAGUGCAAUCAUCAUCGGUUGGAAGGUGUGCUGCCUGUCCAGAAAACCAUUGGCUGUACACCUGUCCAGUCUUUCAGCGCAUGGCGGUAGCAAACAGAGAAUCACUGCUUCGUUCUCAGUCUCUCUGUCGCAACUGCUUCAAACGGGGCCAUCAAGCCAAAGACUGUUCGUCAAAAUACUCUUGUCGGAAAUGUAAAGGCCGACAUCACACGAUGGUAUGCUUUAAGGCGGAUGGGGAAGGCAGUUCCCGGGAUCAAGCAAAUGAAACUGGUGCAUCUACAAGCAACAAACCAUCAACAUCCGCUCCAAGUACAAAUACGAGGGUAGCGAAUGUGGCUGCUACCGAAACCGUUGCAUCAAACUUCGCUCAGAAGAGAACAUCCAAUGUACUUCUUGCUACGGCUGUAGUCAUUAUCGAAGACGACGGGGGAGCUCGCUACCCAGCGCGAGCGUUAUUUGAUUCCGGUUCGGAAUGCAAUUUUAUCUCGGAAAGGCUAUGUCAACGGUUGAAUGUGUCAAGAGAGAAGGUAGACAUUUCUGUCCUAGGCGUUGGCCAUGCGUCAACUCAGGUUAACCAACAAUUUCAAGCGACAAUCAAAUCUCGAAUCUCGUCAUUUUCGCGCAAAAUGAGCUUUCUUGUUUUGCCAAGGGUUACGGUCAAUCUACCUACAGUAACAGUGCAAAUAUCGGGAUGGGAGAUCCCAGAUGGAAUCGAUCUAGCGGAUCCCACUUUCUUCCAAUCAAAAGGUGUGGAUUUAGUGCUAGGCAUUCAGGCAUUCUUUAGCUUCUUCAAGAAAGGCAAUGAAUUAUCGCUGGGCGAUGGUUUACCACUACUUACCGAGUCGGUUUUCGGUUGGGUGGUUGCCGGAGAAGUAGAUUCUACUAGAAAGACCACACGCAUAGUAUGUAACAUGGCGGUAUCUGACACUAUGGAGAAGUUAAUGGAGCGGUUUUGGUCCUGCGAGGAAGUGGGAAGCGGCAAAAUUUACUCUCCAGAGGAGGCGCGCUGUGAGGAGCAGUUUGGGCGCACUAUUCACCGAGAAUCAAACGGUCGGUACACAGUAACACUUCCCAAGAACGAGGCGGUCUUGGAACGGUUAGGGUCAUCAAAGGAUAUCGCCAUGAAACGCUUUCAAGGACUGGAAAGAAGGCUUUCCAGGGACGAUGAACUUCGCCGACAAUACGAGGAUUUCAUGACAGAAUACCUUCAGCUUGGACACAUGCGAAGGCUGGACGAUUCCCAGGAAGACAAGGUCAAACGAUGUUACUUACCGCAUCAUCCUGUAGUGAAAGAGUCCAGUACCACGACUAAGGUGAGAGUGGUCUUCGAUGCUUCAUGCAAAACGUCAACUGGAAUUUCGCUAAAUGAUGCGUUACUCGUCGGACCAAUCGUGCAGCAAGAUCUUCGCGCAAUCAUACUACGUUGUCGAACUCGCCAGGUAAUGGUUGUCGCAGAUGUCGAAAAAAUGUUUCGGCAGAUUAAUAUGGAUCAGGCAGAUGUACCCUUACAGAGCAUCUUGUGGAGGUUUUCCCAUGAAGAAGUGGUUAAUACGUUCGAGCUUACGACGGUCACCUACGGCACAAAACCAGCACUGUUUCUAGCCACGCGGACACUCAAACAGCUGGCAUUUGACGAACAAGGUCGAUUUCCUCUGGCAGCACAAGCAGCAGAUGAAGACAUCUACAUGGACGAUGUAAUAUCUGGGGCUGAUGACAUCGAAACCGCUAUGCAGCUCAGGAUGCAAUUCGAUGCAAUGAUGUUGAGCGGUGGAUUCAGACUGCGAAAAUGGGUUUCCAACUGCGAAAGGGUCUUAGAAGGAAUACCGAAGGAAAAUCGAGCACUACCAGGGGCGGACGAAAUUACUUGGGAUAAAGAUGAUACAGUUAAAACACUUGGGUUAUCAUGGCUGCCCAAAACGGAUUGCCUGAAAUUUCAAUUUACUAUACCUACACUUACACCAAAUCAAUCUCUAACCAAGCGCAUGAUUCUGUCUAUCAUCGCAUCACUCUUCGACCCCUUGGGGAUCUUAGGGGCAACCAUCGUAACGGCCAAGAUUUAUAUGCAACAACUGUGGAACUAUCGUGACAAAGAUGGGCAACGUUUGGAAUGGGACGAAUCUAUACCUACAACGGUAGGUGAGGAGUGGUGA